AUGAAUUCUCUCUAAUAAAUUUAUCUUCAGGCCAUAAUUAAGCAAUAAGAAUUGGAAAAUGUUAAGUAAGAAGAAGAGGUUUAAAGACAAAAUCAAGAAGUAAAAAUAAAUUAUAUAAUUUUUAGAAUUUAAGAUAGAGAUAGCUGCUCUCUUUCGUAGUACAACCUUCUUCAAAUCCUUGUGAUAAGUAGUAAGUUUUUAAUUCUAUAUUAGUUUAACUUGUCAAUUGAUUGAGAUUUAGAACAAAAUAACAGAAUUUUUUUAAUAAUAGGUUUUGAGGCGAGAACUAGUUAUUCUAAGAAACUAAUUUGAAAAUAGUUUACCUAUUUUUCUAAAUGUAUUAGGAAAUUUGAUACUUCAUGGUUUGGAUUAAUUAAAAGAAGAAGAAAAUUAAACUAGAAUUCUAAAAUGUUAAUUUAUAAAUUAACCAAUGAAUAUAUCUAUGAGUAAAUCUUUAUUUAAAACACUCUCACUUUUAUUGAGAUCUUCUCUGGUUGAGUUUGAAAAAGGUAUUUCUAUUACUUAAACAUUAGAUUAACUCUAAAAUACUCGAUAUAGAAAUUUUUAAUACUUUUCUAAAUUCUUACUUUUUAGAGAUGAUUUUUGUGAUAUAUUUUUUAAUACUCUCUAUUAAUACUAAAUAUUUCAACAUAAAUAAGUGAGUUAAUAGCUUAGUUUUAAUUAAUUACAUUAGUUGAUAGUAAAAUAAACAGAAGAUGUUUGGAGUACAUUCAUAUAUAAAUUAUUGAGCUAAUAGUAAUAGUAAUUAUCAAAAGAUUAAUUUUUGGUUUAAUUUAAUAGCUAUACAAUUUUAAUGAAUAACUUUUUCAAAAAAUCAAAUUUAAUAUAUGAAAUAGUGCAAAAUUCAGUAAAACAGACAGCCUAGUUACAUUUUGACUAAAUUUUUUAAGAGGUAUAAAUUAUUAUGAAUUUAGUAUCUGUUAAUUAUGGGUAGUUUCAAAGCAACAACUCAAGAUUUUUUGAAUAAAGCAACUAAAAUCUUUUUUGAUGAUUAAAAUACUUUUAUAGAUUUGUCAGAAUUUAUAGUAAGAACAAAAAAGAUACAUAAAUAAAUGAAUAGUUCGAAUUUAUAUAUAUUACCAAUGUUAAUUUAGUUAGAGACUCAAAUGAUAGAUUCAAGUUAAUUUGAUGGGAUGUAAGAAACAACACUAUUCAAGAACAAUACAAAUUACUAUCUGAAAAUGAUAGAGAAAUUGAAGAAUAAAUGUGUAUACAAUGGUGAAGAAAAUUGUAAAUGCAAUAAAUGUGAAUGUAUACGUAGAAAUAGAAAUUCUGCUAAAGAAUCUUAGAGAAAAAAGAGAGAAGCUUUUGAAAAGAUUGGUCCCUUGUAAGAUGCUUUAGAAAAAUUAAAAAUAAAGGUUAGAAUAGUAGAAAAUGAGAAUGAAAAUCUUAGAUAAUUACUAAUAAAUGUUUUUGAGCAUCCUUAAGUAUUAGGAUUAGCUUCAACCUUUAUAGAACCACUAACAAAAAUAAUUUCAGAUACAGAUUCUGGAAUUGUUUCAAAUGAAUGUUGA